AUGUGCGACGUUGAUAAGGUUCACAUCUUGUCUUUUGCCGAAGUAAAGCAAGCUGCGGAAAGAAUAGAAGAUGGAAUCAUACACACACCGCUAUGCGAAGCUAAAAUUAGCAAAUGUAUGGAUUAUGAAAUUUAUUUGAAAUGUGAAAACUUACAAUAUACUGGCAGUUGUGCGGAACGUGGCAUUCGAAACUUGUUUUGUGCGCGCCAUGAAGAACUUUGUACUUGUGGAGUGAUCGUUCCCUCAAUCGGAGAUUUGGCUAUAGGCGCCGCAUAUCAUGGUGAAUCGUUGGGUAUUCAGGUGACUGUUGUCCUUCCCGAUCGAACGCCUCCAGCACUAGCGCAACGUUGUUCUGAACUUAGUGCGGACGUAGUGAUAUGCGGUGAAACUCUAGAGGAUUCUACUAACUAUGCUAAGAAAGUGCACAUGGAAACUGGGCAGAUAUUACUCAACCCAGACGAUCCGGAUGUGAUGGCGGGCUUGGGAACCGUGGGUAUGGAGAUCAUCACCCAACUGCCGGAAGCGGAUGCGGUGAUUGUGCCAGUUGCCAGCGGCAGUUUGCUCGCCGCCGUGCUCGUCGCCUGUAACAAACUCAAGUGCUCCUGUCUCGUAUAUGGGGCGGAAUGCGCAAAAGUUCCAAAAAUGAUGAAAGCGUGUCAAGCCGGACACCCAAUAGGAGUGCCCGUAGUGCCGAAUCUCGCCGAAGGUCUCAACACAUGCAUAGUUGGCAGAAAUGCCUUCGCUACUAUCAAAGGACGACUUGACCGAAUGUUAGAAGUCGACGAGUCAUAUAUUGCGCGUGCAAUUAUAACGGUGCUGGAGCGCGAGCGGCUAGUGGCGGACGGCGCGGGCGUAUGUUCGCUCGCCGCUGUCAUACAAGGCCUGGUGCCAGAACUUCGCGGAAAACGUACCGUGUGUAUAAUAACUGGAGGAAACGUAGACUCCAGCCGUCUAGCUCGCACGAUACAUCGCGGUCUAAGCGCCUGCGGUCGUUUGCUUCGUUUCGCUGUGCCUCUUGCCGACAAUCGGAACGGUCUAGAAAAUCUCGCCAAGAUUAUAUCCGACGAGCACGCGGUCAUGAAAAGUCUUGUCACUGAGCAGAUGUGGGUGCAGAGUGACGUUGGGACCACAUGGGCUAAUGUUGUAGUGGAGACUGCAAAUGACGAACAUUCGGAAAAUUUCAAGGAUCGCAUACGUCAUUUAUUUCCAUCUGCAAGAUUUGCUGUCAUGGACCUUAAUGACAAAAAAUGUAAACGUUAA